GUAUGUCAAAGCAAAGAUGGCGUUGAUUCGUGUUGUGUCAGGUGUUUAAAAUUUCUUAAAAUUAUGUCGAAGUGUGACAUUGGACUGUAGUCGUGACACUUCAGUUAGUUAUUUAAAUCGUUUUUAGUUUUGUGAAAGAUCGUCAAUUGGAAAAAACGUAAAGGCAGCUGUCAAGAGUCACGUGUAAUACUGCCCGAUAGUGGUAUUUUGCACUUAACCUUAGCCUUCACUCGGUAUUGUACGAUCGUCUUCAAAUCUCGUAAAAAUUAUUCGGAAAAAAAACGUCGAUGGUGUAUUUUUUUAUUAGAGGAGAAAUCAAAACUUUUUAUCAAUCAUUUUCCUGGCGAUAUUAAUGAUGAUCAUUUAUGUCGUAUGAUAAAAGAAAGAUUUAAAACGAAUCCGUAAAGUUAAAAUUCGAAUUUUGCGCUUUUAAACUGUGUUUAAGGAGUAUUCGAUCUUUUCUGAGUUGCCAAAAAUAUUUAGUUGGAUGCUGGUAAAAUUUACACCUGGCUGAAAUGCCCAGGAUAAAAACCAAACAAGCAAGUAGCCUUUGGUUAAGGCAACGCGAAUUGGGUGUACAGUUCUCUUUGGGACAUGCUGAUCACUUUCAUAAAACUCUUUACUCCUCUAUACAACCGGUAACUUCUUGGGAUCAUGCGUUGUCUGCAGCCGCUGCCCAUGGUGGAGUUUUUAAUCUUGAAUAUUCCCCAGACGGCUCUCUUUUGUUGGCGGCAUGCGAGAAGAAAAGUAUUUUAAUGUUUGAUCCUCUGAGAAGAAGCUUGAUCCAUGCGAUUGAUAAUGCUCACAACGAUUGUGUUAAUUGUGUUAGGUUUUUGGACCAACGUAUGUUUGCAACAUGUUCGGAUGAUAGUACGGUAGCUCUUUGGGAUGCUAGAAACUUAAAGACUAGAAUAAGAACUCUUCAAGGUCAUUCGAAUUGGGUGAAGAAUAUAGAGUAUAGUCCCAAAGAUAAUUUAUUACUAACCAGUGGUUUUGAUGGUAGUAUAUAUACUUGGGACAUUAAUAGUUUCACAGAAAAUAGUAUUCUUUAUACACGUGUGUUCCAUACAAACGGACUGAUGCGAACUAGACUUAGUCCAGAUGCCAAUAAAAUGUUAAUAAGUACUACUUCUGGAUACCUCAUCAUUAUACACAACCUUAAGUUAAGCACUUUAACUCAGGACUUGGCAGGAUUUAGACCAAAUAUGUAUCGGUUAAUGCAAUCGUCUCAAACUACGAUACCAAACGUGGCAAGUUUCACGCAUCUCUUUUCCCAUUCUCGUACACAUAACCGAGUAGAAUUUUUAACCGAUUUCCCUGUUGGCGAUGAUGCUGAGAUAAUAUCGAGUUUGCAAGUCCACCCUCAUGGAUGGUGUGCUUUGUCUAGGAAUGUCAGUAACGGAGAAAAAUCCGAGUGGACUUGUAUUCAUGACAUACAAGAGCGUGAUGUAUCCAGCACAGCGGAUCAGGCGAAAGAAGGAGAGGAGACAGCACCGCAGUUUAACGAAGUGCCCGUAGAGGAGUUCGAGGAUUUUCAACAACCUCAACCUUCUCGCUCGGGUAUAACAUCUUCCUUUUUAAUAGAAAGUCCAAACAACCGCGUGAGAGUAGUUCAUACUACGUCCGAUACGAGAUCGAACGCGACUGGAUUUUCAGAUAACGCGCAAUCAGCUAGGUCCCCGAGAAAUAAUUGGCAGUCAGUGUCUCGUAGAGCGUCACGGUCGCAAUCGAGGAAUUCGCGUUUGGACAGAAAUGCGACAAGAGCGAAUUUCGGCUCGAUCGAAGUUAGUUCUAGUUCAAGCUCGUCCGAUUCUCGUGUAAACACAGAUAGAGACAAUAGGCAGGCGGAUAGGUACAUAUACGCCGCUGACAUUUAUGCGGCUGAUGAAAGCAUACUGGAAGAAGGUUCUGGCGAUCAAGAAAGAGAAUCAGGACAGGACUACAGGCCGAGACCAAAUGUUCAUCUUAACUACUUAAGACCACGCAAUAUAAUCGAAAAUUUUCCUACCGGUAAUAUAGAGUUACAUGUAAGUACGACUGACGUGUGGGAAGCACACGUAGCAAUUAGGGAAGCUAGGCUUAGAAGGGAGAGGGAUUGGCUUUCUAGAUCGAGUAACAAUACUGUCGUUAUUAUCGGUGAUAGAAUUAGGGUUCAGAAUCGGAAUAGGCAAGGCCAGCAAACAAUGUACGCUAUUCCGAGAAACCGCAUGAUCCAUCAAAAUACACCUAGAUUAACGCAUUACAUAGAGGAACCUAACGUUGGUUCCGGUUAUAUAAAAGAAUUAUGUUUCUCUGCCGAUGGCCGACUAAUAUGUUCACCGUUUGGUUACGGAGUACGUUUGCUAGGAUUUUCUGAAAAUUGUUCGGAAUUAUCUAACUGUGUUCCUCCCUACAACGAGUCUAUACAGUUGAACGAAAUAGCGAUAAACACUAGUCAUUCUGGCAUCGUAGUCUGUACAAAAUUUUCUCCAAGGCAUUGUUUGCUUGUGUCAGGUUGUCUUAGUGGAAGAAUCGUUUGGCAUCAACCUGUAGUUUAGUAAAAUUAAUGUCAACUUUUUACUAUAGUCUGCCUAGAGAACGUCUUGAUGAGAUAUAUUACUUGCCUACAUUUUCUUCUUUUUAUUUUUCACUUUUUGUUUUCUUUCUUUUUAAUGAGGUGAAUAUCGGGAAAUAGAAAGAUUUUUUUAAAUAUACAGUUUUUGAUACAUUUUAUUUUUUAGCGUGUUUUGUUAUAGGUAUGAUUGAGGUUAGGGAACCCUUUGUGGACGAGAGGUAUUGGCGCGCGCAGUUGAGAAAAUAUACACGUUGAACAUUUGCGUUAUUCAUUGUUGAGGCUCGUAUUUUCUUUAAUAUUUAGUUCAUCAUCACUAUCACUAUCACUAGAUGCGUCUGGUAAUGUCAUUGAAAGACUGAAAUUCGUUUUGACUCGACCAUCAUCCCACAUCGCGAGUUUACGUUAAACGGAAAAUAGGAUUUCUAAAGAUCUAUAAUUUUCUUUCAUCAAAAACAUAGUACUGUUUAAUCUGCAAUACCCAUGCGUAAAUACACAUACUAUUAUCGCUUAGAAAAAUAGACGUAAAAAGACUUGGCAGCUUUUUUUCCGACACUCGUCCGCAAAGGGUUUUAAACUAAUUAUUUGCACGUAGCGUUUUUUACUCGAAAUGCGAUAAACGUGGUCAAAUAUUUUAUAUUGGAAUUAUCUCUCGCUAGUGAUUUAAAAAGGAAACAGUCAUGACGUUAUUUUAAGUACCGUUUAAUGAAAUCAAUUAAUUCAUCUUGUAUAUUUAGAAAACUGAUUACUGAAACAUAGUAUUUUUAAUAACAGACGUAUAUUUCUUUUUUUAAUAACGUAUAUUUCUAUUGAAAAAUUUUAAUAUCUCAAUAAGUCCAAGGCAGAGUACUUUUCGUUUUAUAUCGCCAGAGAAAACGUAGGAGCAAGCAUGCAGAAAACAUUCCAUCAACUGAUCUGUAUAUUACACACUUUCGUAGAAUAUUGGGAAUUGCAUUGCCAUUUGCAGCUGAAUAUACAUUUUGCAUUUGUACGUCUUGUUUGGCAAUAAUCGAAGGAAUGAUUGCUGUUUGCGAUCAAUUUCUGAAUCAUUGGCAAUAGUGAUCUAGGAUCAAAGGAGAGGAAAAGAGGUAAUAUGUACUAUAGAAUGAAAUUAUUAUGCAAGAAAAUCAACCUCGCUAAAAUACGUAAAUACAACGCUGAAUAUGUAACGUUGGCGUUACCGUUAGUAUUAAAUUAUUUAGCUGCGUAUUACGUAACUAUUAAUAAGUACCCGAAAUUUCAACCAAUCAUGGGAUGAUUAUUAAAAUUGGCGUUGCUGUUUACCGAGAGAAGCGAAGCCUUCUCGCGACUGUCGUCGGAACGAAAACUACGUCGUUAAUCAACACGACUUUAAUUCAUAAUGAAUAACUCGAUUAAUUUUCGAGUUGUGUAAUGUAGAAAAAGAAAGAAAAGAAAUGGUGUUGCUGCUAGAUUCAAAGCAAACGCGAAUAUACGGAUUGUACUAAUGAACAAAUAUUUGUAAUUUAUUUGAGCCAUGUCUUUGACUAUAUAUUCAUAUACGAAGUUUAAGCGUAUUUAGAUCGAUUGUAGGAUCGAAAUGGAUAUCGCUUUUAUCGUAAACUCUGUGUUCCAUGGAACGCAUCUUACGCUGGUAUUGUUAAGUAGAAAAGAAAUCGUGUAACAUAUGUAAAUACAUUGUCAACUUAGGUAUAUAAUAACAAUAUAAAUGUAAUAACCAAAUACGAUAUGGUUCAUGCUCGUAAGCGUCGUACUACUUUUAAGGUUAGAGCGAAUCAAACGAAUGUUUGGAGGAAGCAGUCUGUAAAUGCUCGAAAUCGUGAAGUUCGUCAAUUUUGGUAAGUUAGAUAUAUCUGUAGUAAUAUUCAUGUUUUUACCAGAAAAUUUCAAUUCGCUUAACGAAAAUUGGAACAUAUAGUAUAAAUUAUAGUAUAAGCAUAAAUUGAAAUAUAAUUCGACAUAGAGUCAAAUAGAUAUAUACAUGAAAUUAAGGGUCAUAUUAAUUUCAACAAAACAAUGUUGGGAAUUAUUCACUGGUUAGUUUCUUUCGAGUUUUAUGGAAAUUAUUCACUGGUUAGUUUUUUUCGAGUUUUGCCCGCGAAUUGUAAGAUAAACAGGGCAAAUCGUUUCGCGUGCCAUUGAUGGUUACUUAAAUGUGGAUUUUUGAUGAUAUGCAGACUGUGAGUGCAAAUGCAGGUUUGUCAACAAUCCCCCCUUUCAUCGGAAAAACGGGCGAAUAACAUUGUAUUUUUGCUUAUCGCGUAUCCACUUGACGAUUAUUUUCAAAUAAUCCGACUGAUCGUGGCCUGCACGCUCUUUAUACAUAUUAUAAUUAUACGAUCGUGUAUAAUUGUUAAUGUGCUCAUUGUUUUGUAAGAUUUGUUUGUUUUCUUUUUCUAUAUAAUAAAAUGUUGCUUAAUGUCUUUCGUCGGUCUGGGUCGAGUCUCCCAUCGUUAACAAAAAAAUCCCUGUGAAUGUAGAUACUGGUAUUUCGAUGAGAAUGUAUUUGCUAGUUAGCGAAGCUCUUUUAUGUCAAUUCCACAUUGUCCUUGAAUCGAAAGGAAUUCGAUGAUUAAAAUCGGGACAGAGGAAGGGAAAUGUAAUCCAUUACACAAUCUCUUUAUUAACAAUUAAUUUAACUUAUGUACAAAUAUAUAAUAUACCUUAAGAUACAACAAACCGCUGUCAUAGCACGCAGAAUAAUAAAAUCUAUUUAUUAUUCCUUCUUGCACCUUAACAGUUGGAAGUGUUAACUUCUGUCUCUUCAAAUAAUCAAGGUAUUAAGUUCUUGCUAUGAAAUUGGAGAUCUGGCGAACAGUAUUAACUAAUAGCUAAUUUAUUCGAUAACUGGUACAGAUGGUUUGGUACUGUAAUAAUGGUUAGACGUUCUAUCUCGUACGAUAAGGGACAAUAAUUCGUUAAUAAAUAGCUGAAUAAAUAAAAAA